AUGAAAGAUGAUGAUACGAGGCGAUUGUUGAAUGUAAAACUUACCACCGAUGAAAAUAUUCGUGCUGCAUAUAUCGAACUUCUCUAUCCAACCAUCUACAAAUUUUCAUGUCUAUUAAAUCUUCGUUUUUUUCCAUUCGAUAUUCAGGAAAGUGUUUGUUCGAUGAUAUUUUCAAGCUGGACAUUUGAUCAAACGGGCAUUGAUUAUUUUGCACAUUCAGAUAUUGUUGGUACGACAAAUUACAUCGAGAACGAAGGCUGGCAUAUUCUCAAAACAUCAGUAAAAAAAGAAGAAACCAAGACAUCGACAGCAAGUGGCAUGCGUGAGGAAAAGGUGUCGCUUGGUAUCACAACCUUACUAUCAAUGUCCAUUCUGAUGCUAAUGGUUUCUGAUCAAAUGCCGACCACAUCCACAUUUAUACCUCUCAUUGGCUGGUUCAUUUUGGCUAUGAUAACAAUAAUCACUUUUGGAACUUUGGCAUCCUCUGUCAUCAUUGCUAUUCAAAAACGUGGUCGUCAAAAGAGCCGUCUUACUCCACGUACUAUUUGCUUGGUGAAGUUCAUCGCAUAUAUUACUCUUGAAGAUAUACCAAAACAUUUGAUAGAGGCACAUAAGAAGGAAUUGAAAACGACAGCUUUACAAACUGAAAAAAGACAAGACAUUCUGAAAACAAAAGAGCCAGAAGGACGGCGGAACAGACAGUGGACCCUUUUACAGAAAGGGCAAAGAACACGAAUAGUCGAGUCACAUCUCUGUAAACUGUCGACAUUAUCUUACAACAACACCGAUUUGAUCCCACAGAAACCUGAUGAAGGUAUCGAUAUCUCAGAUAUCCCGGAUACUGCUUCGGCUAUACUAAUUCCUUCAAUAUCAUCUCCCAAUGAAGGCGGUAAUGUCGCUCCAAAGAUGAACGGAAAUGAUGGCGAUUCAAUUCGUACUACUUUAGAAAAACCUAACUCUGACUCAGCACGACAACAAAGGCAGCCACAAAAUGUUUCAAGUUUAUGCGAUGAGGUCAGCAUUCGACAGAAUCGUCGACUGGCACGAGAUGAAUAUGAUUGGAUGGCAAAAGUAUUGGAGCGGUUGUUUUUCAUCUUAUUUAUUAUCAUUUUUGUAUUUGUUACUGUUGGUAUCAAUUCCCUUGAAGUGGAAAAGGGCGAUGAAAUGCAUUAUUUCAUUUCAGCGCGACAACAGCUGCCUCAUAUUCGAUUGGUCCGAGAUUUACUCUCCACCGAGAGCAUGGUGAUGAAUCGUGAAGGAAGUGAACGAUAUAUGAAUGUUAUCGUAAAAAGUAGACAUUGGAAUGGUGAACAUGGCGCUGAAAUAUCUUUCUUGUAUCCAGCACUUUAUACUAUACGUUGUCAUAUAGAUAUACGCUAUUUUCCUUACGACCAUCAGAACUGCACCUUAAUUUUGGGUUCAUGGACCAGCAGUAAAGCCCUACUUAAUUAUACAGCCGAUAAAAUAGUGAAUAUGAAUUCGUAUAUACCAAACGAAGAAUGGGAUAUCCUCUCUUUCAACCUUCAUCGUCAUGAAUAUGUAUAUGAAUGUUGUCAAGAUCCGUGGGUCAUUAUCGAAGGAUCUCUUAUCAUUAGAAGAAAGCCUUUAUACUAUAUAGUCAAUCUCAUUAUACCAACGACUGUUUUAACAUUGGUUGCAAUAGUUGGCUUUUUUACGCCAGCUUCGACAAGUGAUGAAAGGAUGGAAAAAAUUACGAUCGGUAUUACCGCUCUGUUAGCAGUAUCUGUUUUAAUGUUAAUGGUUUCUGAUCAAAUGCCAACAACUUCGGAUUUUGUACCUCUUAUUGCUUGGUUCUAUCUGUCAAAUAUUAUCGUCAUUUCUGCAGCAACAUUUUGCACAUGCACUGUUCUCCGUAUUCAUGGCAGUCAUAGAAAUGGUAAAUUACCGCCCAUCCUUGUUCGAAUAUUAUUCUUCAAAUACAUUUGCAACUAUUUGUGCGUUUCACCACCACAUGAAUUGAUGAUGUUAUGGAAGAGAAGUAGGUCAACUCUCACUGAACUAUCAGUGAAACCAUCUGUGCAAAAAAUGCUGGAGAGAGACAAUGGUAUAGAAACAAAGCAAACAGUGUCGAGAUUAUCCGCAAAAGAGAAUUGGGCUCGAAUUUCUGUCACCCUUGAAGAUAUUUCAUCUAGAAACAAAGAUCAGUCAGAAGUUGUUCGUAAAGAAAGCUCACUGACAUCUUUGAUUCAAAAGAUUCGAAAAACAUCAGCGGAACGGAAGCAUCUAUCACUUUGGAAUACUGCAGUUCAAUUUAUACGUUUUACAAGCAAUGAUUUACCACGAAAGAUUGAAUCAAAUGAAUUAAAAUCACUGAAGCAUCGCAGACAAUGCACAUUGGAGUGGGAAUUCUUGGCAACAGUAAUGGAUCGAGUUUUUUUGUUAUUUUUCUCAAUUAUUACCAUACUUAUUGUGACCGCUUUAGCAGCGACCGCUAAAUUAGCUCAGUAUCAUUUUGAUGCAGCAUUAGAAAUCGCCCACAAUUGA